GCCAUUCGACAGACUGUUGAGGUAUAACGCUAUCAGUAGGGCAUUAAGAGAUGCAGGUCCAUCCAGAUCAAAUAUACAUAAGAAAUGGCUGGAGCUCACAAAGGAAGAUGAAUCUGAGGAGGUUGAUGAUGUCAAUACCCGGGAAGAGGAGAAUCGUGGACAGUUGGCAAAAUCACAGGAUGUGUUCCAAAUGGAGAGAGCUGGGUUGCAUGGCGAGACCCGUCAGAAGGAAACAACAGAUCUGGCUCUAAAGGGGCAUUUAGUUUCUGAGUAUAUGGUUGUACCGACGAGAUGUUUGUGUUACGCUGCUCCAGAGAAUAAAGUGCGGAGUGUGAAUGAUGAGCAAGUCGAAGCAAUAACCGACUCGAUUAUCAAACGCCCCGAUGCGAGCUUUUCUAUAAUGCUGGGCCACAUCGAUUCCAAUCAACCCGUUUCAGAACGAGACGUCCGCAGUGGAAAGUACUCUAUCGAAAUUCUAGGCGGGAACCAUACACUGGCAGCAAUAAAGGGAUUGUUCGCCAGCGAUGGAUUCAAUGACACGUCAAAGUAUUCUACGUGUCAGGUAAAGGUGUAUUGGGGUUUGGCACGACCUCAGAUCCUGCAGCUUGCCAUAGACCACAAUGCAGUCAUGUCUGUUCAUCUUCGACCAAAAUAUGUGGACAUUGUCAAACUAUUCAGGAGAGAGUUGACGCGUGUUUUGGACACUGAAGAUGUUCCGGCAUACCUGUCCAAGGAAGACAACAAAACAUGGAGAUCAUCCUUAAGUACUAUUAUGAGAGUAUCAAAUAUGCAGAAAUUUUCGAGCCAAUACCAAAAUUAUCUCCGAGUUGCCUCGCUACCUGGUCAUAUAUGGCAAAAAGUGUUGCUCUUAUUUUCUAAAUGGGAUGAGGGAACAAUUAGAGGCAAGGUCACUGGAGACCUCAAACAGACUGCAAUGAUAAAUGUGACUCAGGAAUGCUGGCAGCACCUGGACGAUAUGGUCCAAGGAAAAAUUACGUACCAGGAGUUUUUAAGAGUGAAGAAGCCAGGCAAAGACAAGGUCAAGAAAUCUUCAGAUAGUUCUCAAGGAGAGACGCGCAUUGUCCCAACACCCCCCCAACCAGACAAGCCUUAUGUUACCAAAUCAGACACGACCGCAUCUUCUCCAAGAAUAGAUCCAAGCAACGUGGCAUAUAAACAGGUCUGCGAGGAACUAUCCUUAGUAAAGAAAGAACUGGCAGAGUCGAACAGAAGUUUAGAAAAGGCACUUUUGCGAGCUGAAAGUGGAGAACAACUUGCUGCUAAUCUACAGCUUGAACUACAACGCCUACAGCAAGAGUAUAAACAGCGGGAACUGGAUCUUCAAUACAAAAACAAGGCUAAAGUUCAGGGGUUGCAAGAGGAGAUCACCGUCUUACAGAAAUACAAACAAUCCGACAAAAAAGAGUCAGAAGAUGUUGUGACUGUGAGAGAUGAAGAUAUAGAUAGUACAGCCAGUGAGACUUUACCAGACUACAGUGCUAAAUCGAGCCAAGAAGAUGACGAUAUACAGCCAUUAGAUAAGCGGGAUUCCAAAAGGAAGUCGGUAUCUCGAGAUGGCGGUUUGAGAAAGCGACAGCGAGAGACAAUACGUUAUCCUGUGACAAAAGUAAAGGUCAUAUGCAUCAGAUGGCAAACUGAUAUAUAUCUUGCGGUAGUCGACGGCGAGCGAAUCACGUACUGUUGCAAGAGGAUUAGUCACAUACGCGACAUCAACGACCUGUCUGAUAUGACGGCAGCAAUGCUAAAAGUAAAUAAUGAGGACACUUCAAAUUUGUCAAAUAUUUCGAAACACAUGUUUAGGAUAAUCAGCCCAAACUAUAUUGAGUCUGUCACUGCUGAGGACAUUGUAUUAACUUGUGAAUCGAAUUCACAUCAGUUUUUAUCAUAUCUGUCAUCGUUAGUUAGCCAGCUUAAAUAGCAUGGUCAUUUUUCAAUUGAUUAUGAAUCAUGGAACCUUUGCAGUGGCCAUUGGCUAACUAAAGUUGACAGAUGUGAUAAACACUGCAACUUGUUUCUAGAUAUCUUAGUUUACAGCAGUGACGUCACAUCUAACCAGAGUGUUUAUCUGCAUUAGAAGCUGAAUGCAUAGCAUUGCUUACAGCUUAUCACAAAUAACAGGCUGGCCUUAUCCUACUUAUCUGUUAUGUCCUCAAAAUAAACCACCACACUGCUAUCGUCAACUCUAUCCAUGCUGAUUUGUAUCAUGUAUAAUUGUAUAUGUUAUGAGGGAAAAAAGAGAAAUGAAGUGUUUGUUUCAGUUGUAUUGUGUGUCGAUUGCGUUAAACAAUACUUAGUUACAUAUGAAAGUAAAAAUGGUGUAAUUUUAAUUUAUCAUUAAGAUGUCAGACUCACAGCCAUAAUUGUAUGCCAAUUAUUUGCAAACAGUAGUAAUAAUUAUAGCUUUUAUAUGUUUUGUAUACUCUGCUUGGGUUACUUCACAUUCUUGAAUUAUAUUGCUCAAUAAGAAAACACCUAAAAAGUAAUUAAGAGUAUAAUUAUUACUAUUUACCCCCCCCCCACCCCUUCUGUUUUACACUUCAAGAUAUCACCAUUGGUUUGAUGCAGUGAUUUUUCAACUAGUUUUGUCAGUAAUUUGUCUUCAGUUUUUGAUAAAAGUACCGUUUUUUCCCCUUUG